AUGGCAGACAGGAACGCCAAAGACUCAACCCCUCCGCCGCUUUUGUUAAUGCCUGCCGGCGGAGGCCUAACUCUCAAUCCACCUGACCAUCCGAAUGUGCUUAUGCCUGUUAUUCAGAGUGAACCAUCACUUUUAGGAUCCGAUGAGGAAGGAGAAGCAGACAGUUUUGUUGGGCAGUCCCCACCACCAGGGCCAAAUGCUCCCUCACAGCCUUCAACAUUUAACCUCUUCCAAAAGUCAGGUGGAGGUGCAGCUGAUCCAUUUUCACAAGUGGGACACAAUCCUCACCCUAGUCCCAUACCAGCCAGUUUGUUUGGGUCUCCUGCAACAACAACAGCUACACAGGCUGUAGUACAGCCCAAUCUACAGACUCCAACAUCAAAACCAGGACAGCAGUUCAAUGGAGCUCCAGUCACUCAACCAAUGUUUGGAAGUUCGCCAGCACCCCCUCCUGCUGGUAACCAAUUCCGUAAACAGCAAGGUAAGAAAUUAGCAACAUAUGCUCAAAUGCCUGCUGGGACAUACGCUGGAGACCAAGGGGCACCAAAUCCAUAUGCCAUGGGAAUGUCACCAAGUAUGAUGCCUCCCGGGCCUCCAAGUAGUAUGAUGUCACCAGGACAACCUCAAUAUAUGACUUCAAUGGGAGGUUUGCCCCCAGUUCCUCCUUCUGUCCAGUCAUCUGUAUCCAUGACACCAUCUUCAUCCCCCUAUGGAGGCCCCCCUGUGGCACAAGUGAACCCCACAGUCUCACAGACAUCAUUUACACAGAGGUCACAAGCCAGCUUUGAUAUGGACAAAUCUAAUUUAUCAGGAACCAACCAAGGAGGUUUUUACCAACCUGUUCGGGCUCACUGGUGUUUUUCUAAAAGAGUGGAAAGUAAAUUGAUCUGGUACCCAUUCUCACUGAAGGACAGUUUGGCUAUAGAAGAGGCUUUCAGAAGUGGUGCUGAAGUGGUACCCACUGACGGUGGACGUUAUGACGUAUUCAUGUCCAGUCGCACACGAAAGUCUGUGUACUGGCAGGAAGACCCAUCUCCUGUUGUCAGAAGUACCUGGUUUUACAAACGAGAGGGUGACAAUCGAUAUGUCCCAUAUGAGGAGCAGAUUGCUCAGAGACUUGAAAGUGAGUACCAGAAUGCUGUAACCAACAAUGCCUGGCACAAACGCCUAGAGUUUCCUGGAGGGGAGACUGUUGUGAUGCACAACGAGAAUGCGAUGGUCUAUUUCCAACCUUCCUCUCAGCCAGAUGAGUGGGGUACUGUACAGGGUCCUCCUCCUCCUCUCAUGGAAGAGGGGAUGAGGCCAAGAGUAGUCAAAAGAGGAGUAGAAGACUUUGAGAGUAUACAAGAAGGAGAGUCUGCUCAAGUUGAUCAUCUAGUAUUCAUGGUUCAUGGCAUCGGAUCUUUCUGUGAUGUCAAAUUUAGGAACAUAGUUGAGUGUGUGGAUGACUUCCGGUCAAUAUCCCUCGGUCUGCAGCAAUCUCAUUUUAAGAGUUAUGUAGACUCUAAUCGUAUUGGUCGAGUAGAGUUUUUACCUGUCCAUUGGCAUUCAGCCUUACAUGGAGAUGCCACAGGUCUCGACAAGAUGCUAAAGAAGAUAACAUUACCCAGUACAGGAAAACUAAGGAACUUUGUCAACGAUACACUUAUGGAUAUAUUGUUCUACACAAGUCCAACCUAUUGUCAGAUGAUAGCAGACACUGUUGGAGAGGAGAUGAACAGAUUAUAUAAUCUAUUCCUCAGCAGGAAUCCACGUUUCCAGGGAACAGUUGCAGUAGCUGGUCACAGCUUAGGUUCUACGAUUUUGUUUGACCUGCUAUUGCACCAGAAGGAUCCAACAUCCCCGGAUCUCCAACCUCCAACAGACAGUGCCCCUCCCCAGGCAGACACCAGUCUGUCAACAAGCUUUACAGAGGAUAGUCACUCAACUUCUAGUCAGAAUGGUACAGAGGAAGAUGAAUCAGAAAUGACAUUGGAGGAACUCCUAGCCAAGGUCGGAUUGCAGGACAAGCUGGAGGUGUUCAAUCAAGAACAGAUUGAUAUGGAAUCACUGAGCAUGUGUAGUGAAGGAGACCUUAAGGAUCUAGGACUUCCCAUGGGACCGAGAAAAAAACUCCAAGGACUCAUUAAGGAUGAACAACAUAGAAAGAAAAGAAAUUCAGAACGGGCAGAGAGGAAAGCCAGGGAAGAUAUAGAAAGAAAAAUUCGGGAACAACUGGAGGAAGAAAUGAAGUCGCAGGCAGCCCAAAAUAAACCAAGUGUAUCCCGAUCUGCCAGUAUAAAUGUCGAGUAUAUUCAGGGUAUGUCAGGUACUGGGAGACCAAGUGUGAUCUACCCACAGCUCCAGUUCAAACCCAGCGCCUUCAUCGCCAUGGGGUCUCCAAUUGGUAUUUUUCUCUCAGCACGAGGUCUUGACAAAGUUGGUGAAGAUUUUAGACUUCCAACAUGUCCAAGAUUAUUCAAUGUUUUCCAUCCUUUUGAUCCUGUGGCCUACAGACUUGAGCCUUUAGUGACCCAAUCAGCGAUCAAUAUCAAACCAGUGCUCAUCCCACAUCACAAGGGCCGUAAACGCCUUCAUCUUGAACUGAAGGAAAGCUUGACAAGAGUGGGUGCUGACAUAAAACAGAAGAUUGUGGACUCUCUUAAAAGUACAUGGAACUCUAUUAAUGAUUUUGCCAAGGCUCAUCGAACAAAUGAGACCACACUUGGAGAUUCACUGGAACAGCAAGUUGACAGUCAGAUAUCUUCUGUCAUGCAUGAUUUGUCCCAGGAGGAGGAUGAUAAAUUAUCUAUAGCCUCAGGCCAUGAAGAGGAGAUCUACAUGGGACAGAUGAAUGAGGGACGACGCAUUGACUAUGUCCUACAGGAGCGACCAAUAGAGAGCUUUAAUGACUAUCUCUUUGCUCUCGCAAGUCACGGAUGUUACUGGGAGUCAGAGGACACAGUGUUGCUCGUAAUACGUGAGUUAUAUGGUCCAAUGGGAAUUCUGCCUGAGAUGCCUGAUUCAAGUGGAAAACGCCUCUACACUGUUCCCCCGCCAACGGGGCCACCAAGGGGAACAUCACAAGUACCAAUGAUGCCACAACCCUCAAUGGGAGUACCUCCAUCACAGUUUCCCUCUCAGGUGCCUCUCAUGAACCAGCAGACCAGUGUACCAUUAAUGUCACCUCCAUCAGGACCUACUGUCAGUCAGGGUCCUCCUAUGGGGACAGCUCCACCUCUCCAAGGUUUCAUUCGCACAGGACAGAAAUAGAUUCAUUAUCCAUUGAAGUUAAAUAUAAACAACAUUUUGUGAAAAUAAGAAUUAUAUUACCAUGGUACAUGUAUUUCAUUCUUGUGAUGCAAAAAUUGGUAACAUAAAUGACUGAACAGUGCAUCAUUAAAAAUGUUCCCAAAAUUAGUACCAUACAUUAACCAGGUGAUUCAGAUUGUUUUCUGGUACAUUUUGUACAUUACACAGUGUUAUUUAACAGAUGUUUCUCUUUGUUUCCUAACUUAUUUAAAUAUUGUAUGUCAUGACCUGUUAAUCGAUUGUCCUUGUUUUAAUGAAGAAAUUUUUUGUCCAACAUUCGGGAAAUGCCAUUUCUAGCUGUAAAAUGGUAUAAACCAAACAAGUGAUCAUAAGGAAUUAGUUCAGUACAUGUAUCACGAAACAAGAUUGUAGAUAUUAAAUUCAAUACAGGCUAUUUCUAUGAAAUACAGCAUUUGAAACUUAAAAAAACUAGUCAAGAUUUCACUAUGCAAUUCACAAAUUUUAUGAAUCUGUCAGAAUCUGGAAUUAAAAGACUGUUCUAAUUAUGAUGAGGGUCAGAGACUCUUUUUAUAUUAGAUUCUGAUUUAGGGAUACCUUAAAAAUAUUACAUACAUUCAUAUGAUGUAAAAAACAACUUCAUAUUUGCCAUUUUUGUGUUUAGUUAACGCUUUCAGGCCCUACACAAACGUUAUUAGCUAUUUUGUGUUUAGAUGACGUUUUCAGGCCCUACACAAACAUUAUUUGCCUGGCUGUGUUUAUUGAUGUUUUCAUGCCUUAUACAACACAGCAUUUGACAUGUUGACUUUAUCAUGAAGUUUUCUGUAUACACAUGAGUCUCAUUGUCAACAGAUGAUCUGCCCCUUUCCGGUGCAUAUUUAGAUAAUCAAUAACUCUUUGCUUGGUAAAUUUAAUAUUCAUAUUUUUCUGUCCUAUUGUAUUAGGAACUUGUAUCUUUUUUUAAAAUUUAAACUUCAUUUGUUUUACAACAAUUUGGAAAUAAGCUGUCAGCUUAUAUUAAUCUCUCUUGUUGGCCUGAAUGGGAAAACGUGAGGGAUCUCACUGUUGGAGGAAACUGCAGUACCCUGGGAAAACCCACUAGGCCGGGCAGAUGACCCAUACAUUUUCAUGUCUAUUCCGGGAAUGAAACCCAGGACAGCCAGGUGAAAUCAUAGAAACUUUAAACCUUUAUCACCUGUAAACUUCACAAAUCAUAGAAACUUUAAACCUUUAUCACCUGUUACCUUCACAAGUCAUAGAAACUUUAAACCUUUAUCACCUGUAAACUUCACAAAUCAUAGAAACUUUAAACCUUUAUCACCUGUAAACUUCACAAAUCAUAGAAACUUUAAACCUUUAUCACCUGUAAACUUCACAAAUCAUAGAAACUUUAAACCUUUAUCACCUGUAAACUUCACAAAUCAUAGAAACUUUAAACCUUUAUCACCUGUAAACUUCACAAGUCAUAGAAACUUUAAACCUUUAUCACCUGUUACCUCCACAAAUCAUAGAAACUUUAAACCUUUAUCACCUGUAAACUUCACAAGUCAUAGAAACUUUAAACCUUUAUCACCUGUAAACUUCACAAAUCAUAGAAACUUUAAACCUUUAUCACCUGUAAACUUCACAAUUCAUAGAAACUUUAAACCUUUAUCACCUGUUAACUCCACAAAUCAUAGAAACUUUAAACCUUUAUCACCUGUAAACUUCACAAGUCAUAGAAACUUUAAACCUUUAU